GAGCCAUUCACAAUCAAAGUUAUGGAAGAAGAGGCUACAAAUGGCAUUUUUUCCAAUGAAAUCUGGUCAUGUGUUUAAGGAACUUAGUGACUUGGAUGAGGAUUGUUUAGAAUCUUGGUCUCUAGACAAUGAACUGGGAGGUGAGCUACACGGGUCAGUCCAAGGUAGUGGUGGGACUAGGGGAAACUGGAACAUGUCUGACGGAAAGAUGGAAGAUGAUGACGUGGAAAAGGGGGCGGACGUGGAGAUGGAUGAUGCAAAAAGGGAUGAACAAGCACAUAACCGUUGGAAGGUUAAGCGGCAAAUUGAAAUUGGAGACCAAAAUUCGGCUGUGAAUGACAUCUUAAUUAAUGUUGAAGUAGGGGAAUCAGUUAAUGAUAGCGGCAUCGAAAACAUGAAUGAGAAUCUGAGAAGAGCACAUGAGUCUUACAGUGUGGAAAGGAUUUGGGCCUUUGCAAAGGAGAUUGGAGCUGGAGAUUGUGGUAAUGAGACAGAGGUGAUCGCAAAACUCCUUGCUAAUAGACUUAGUUCAGUGUUGGAUGGCAUAAUUGGAGAAAGCCAAAUGGCACUUGUUGGAGGAAGGCAAAUGGUGGACAACAUUGUUAUAGCCAAAGAAACAAUUGAUGAAGCAAAGAGAAAUAAGAAGCCAAGUUUCGUGUUAAACCUUGACUUCGAAAGGGCAUAUGACAAAGUAUGCUGGGAGUUCUUACAGUACAUGAUGUCAAGAAUGAGCUUCAAUCCAAAAUGGAGAAGGUGGAUCAAUGAAUGUUUGCAGACAGCGGAGGUAUCUAUUUUGCUUAAUGGCAGCACUACUAGACAAGUCAAAAUUAGUAAGGGCCUUAGGCAAAGGGACCCACUCUUUCCUUAUCGAUUCUUACUAGUGGCUGAAGGCCUUAAUGGCAUCAUUUCUAUAGCAGUGCACAGGGGACUUUUUGAAGGGAUUGAUGUUGGUAACAGAGGCAUGAAAUUGUCUCAUCUACAGUUUGUAGAUAAUAUGAUUAUGUUUGGCAAGACUGCAGAAGAAAAUAUAUGGGAAGCAAAAUGUCUGAUGAGAACCUUUGAGUUGGUUUCGGGUUUGAAGAUUAACUUCAAAAAAAUCCAACUCAUGGGCAUAAAUGUUUCUGAAGAUUGGAUGUCAAAGAUGGGCUACAUUCUGAACUACAAACAAGGAACAUUUCCUUAUAAGUACCUUAGAGUACCAAUAAGAGGCAAUUGUAAAACCAUUGCUUUAUGGAAAUCUUUGAUUGAGACAUUUAAGAAGAAAUUGAGCUCAUGCAAGGGUCGGUUCCUCUCUCUUGGUGGAAGGAUCAUGCUCCUCAACUCCGUGCUGUCGAGCCUUCCAAUGUUCCUCAUGUUCGUGCACUUGCUCCCAAAAGGUUUGAUUCUUUCUCUUGAUAGAAUUCGAAGGAACUUUUUAUGGGGGAGUGGUGAGGGAAAAAGAAAAAUUAGCUUGGUUUGUUGGGACAAAGUUUGUAGGAGUAAAGUGGAGGGAGGGCUAGGCAUUAAAGAGCUUAGAAGAUUCAACCUUGCUUUGUUGGGCAAAUGGUGGAGUAGAAUGGCGAGUGAGAAUGAAAGUCUGUUAUAUAGAGUCAUUAAGGAGAAAUAUGGAAAUGUGGAUGGUAAUUGGCUAGAAUGGGUACAACAAGAGAGUAGACAAAAGGGGUCUUUAUGGUGGAAAAAUAUUUGUAGGUUAGACCACAUGGAACACAACAAGGAGGGAUGGCUCAAAGAGGGAUUCAAACUAAAAAUGGGGGAUGGUAAUUUAGUCGGAUUUUGGAAGGAUGUGUGGAUUGGGGAUCAACCUCUUGUUAAUCAAUUUUCUAGAUUAUUCCUUGUGUCUACAGAUGAAGAAAAAAGAAUAUGCCAAAUGGGCAACUGGAAGAAGGGAAAUUGGCAAUGGUCAUUACAAUGGAGAAGACAACUGUAUGAAUGGGAGAAAGACAAUGUUAUAGAGCUUCGGGGACUACUGGAAAAAUCACAACUUGUCAAAGAUCAAAAAAACCGUUGGGAAUGGAGGUAUGACAAAGAAGGGGUGUAUCCAGCUAAGACAACAUAUGAUCUUCUUUUAGGCAACAACCAAAACAACAGAACAGGGUUAUCUAAAAGGAUCUGGAGCAAAAUUAUUCCUACAAAAGUUAAUGCAUUCGCUUGGCAAGCUUUGCAAGAUCGAAUCCCCACAAAGCUCAAUUUAUAUGUGAGGGGCAUUAUAACUGAUCCUAACCAAGUGCUGUGCAGCCUAUGUGGCGAGAACAUGGAAGAUGGCAACCACUUGUUUAUUCAUUGCAGAGUUGCUCGCUUGGUGUGGCACAAGUGCUUACAAUGGUGGAGGACAUCAUCUAUUAUGCUUAAAACCUAUUAUGAAAGUUUCCAGCAACACCUUUCAUACUUCAAAGAACCAUCAGUGAGAGCGGGGUGGGACAUGGUUUGGUUCUCUAUCAUUUGGUUCCUCUGGAUAGAAAGGAAUGUAAAGAUAUUCAAAAAUUAUGAGGAUGAAGUCAACAUAAUCUUUGAACUUGUGCAGCUUAGAUCCUUCAAUUGGAUCAAGGCUAAGGUAAAGGGAUACUCCUUUAAUUUAUAUGAAUGGAUGAUGGAACCGGUCCUGUGCUUAAAAGCUAAAUGGAAUAAGAAAGCUGGCCUUCUCAAAGUUGAUAACGCGUUGCUGUGUAAUGGUUAGCAAGCUAUUGAACCUAUAUUGAACCUUUGUCUGAGUCUGUUGUUGCUGUUUUUGAUAUUGGAAGGUUCUGAUAGGUUCAAUAAGCUAAGCUUUUGUUUAUUCAAUGUAAGUUUUUACAUGGAUAGGAGUACCUUUUGUAUUCCAUGAAAUAAAUUUCAUCUUUGCUG